AUGGAGGGAGAAGAGUAUCACGUUGUGUGUAUGGGCGGGCUCCUUUCCCGCUAUAUAUCCGUGUCUGUCUCUUUGAUUUCAAAAGGUUCAUUGCCAUGUCAUGGAUUGGUCGAGCAAAGGGCCACCCCCACAAAACAUUAUAAAAUGUAUAUUUUAUAUUCAAUUAUCUUUUUAGGAGUAUUCCUAUCAUUUUUCAAUUAUCGUAAAAGAUCAGCCAAGGUUGACCAAUGGAAGGUUAAAUUGACAAAGUUGGAUUUAAGCAAGCCAGAGGAUAUUGAUGUCGGGAUCAACUACAUCUCUACCAUUGAUUUUCCAUUUGAAUUAUUUAUUUCUACAAACUUGGCCUUUUACAGAACUUUUUGUUCUCCAACCAUCUCAAAUGUCUACUACAAAACUGGUACCAUAGAGAAAACACCAGACAAAAGAGUUAAUGAUACCGAUUUAUUAAUGUUUACUUGGAUGGAACAUGGAUUAGAUAGUGAAUUAGGUAAAUCAUCAUAUGAACAAUUAAACAAGAUUCAUGGAUUACAUUCAUCUAGAACUAGAAAUGUUGAUUUUAUUUUUGUUUUGUGUUGUUUGACCAUCGAUGCUAUUCAAUUUUGUAAUGAUUUUGGAUGUCGUUCUCUCGAAGAAAAGGAAAAGCAAAUUGUAUGGGAAUUCUACCGUCGUGUUGGUGUAAGAAUGAACCUUGCCGACAUUCCAGUUACUCUUGAAAAAUGCCAUCAAUUUGUUGAAGACUACACCCAAGAUGAUCGUCAAUCUAGAGUCACUCAAGAUGGAAAGGUCCUCACCCAAGCAAUGACCGAUCUUGUUGUUCGUUGGUACAACUUUAUCCCAUCGACUAUUGUCAAGAUGGGUAUUUCAGUUGUUCUCCAUUACAUGUCACCAGUUUUCCAUCGUAAAUUGGAUCUUCCAACUCCAUCGGCCACCGAAAUCACUUUUAUCAAGGUUUUGCUCAAACUUCGUAGAGCUGCCAUUCAAAUUCUUCCACCACGUUCCACUCCACACCAUCUAUCAAGCAAACUUCUCGAUCAAGACUAUGGUUGUCCAAUGUCAAAACAUGUCUUUUCAAAGGUUGGUCCAAUUGAUAUGAUUUCUAAAUUCUAA